UGAUAGUCUUUUGCGAUCUUGGCUGUCUUCCUUCCACACUUAAUGCGGCUUGCAUUAGUUCGGAUGCCAAUUUCAUUGCAGAAUAGAGCAGGAAAUCAGUCUGCAAACAUAUUUGAAUAGUCUUAUCGACAAUGAUCUGGCAAAGAAACUGGAUGAAUUGAGGCAAAAGAGGAAAAACGACGGAGAAGAAAUUGAAGUCAUAUCCGACGAUGUAGAAGACGAGGAGCAGGUCUUGAGAAUGGAAGCCGAAUCAAAUAAGAAUAAAUUAAAUAGCUUAUUUGCUCAGGUGGAUGAAAGAAGGAGAAAAAGAGAAGUGCCUGAUUUUUUGUGCGGUAAAAUUAGUUUCGAGCUGCUACGCGACCCCGUCAUUACGCCAAGUGGUAUAACUUAUGACCGUGCCGAUAUCAAGGAGCACUUGCAGCGAGUAGGGCACUUUGAUCCGGUAACCCGGGCACCGCUCACUGCUGAUCAGCUGAUACCCAAUCUUGCUAUGAAAGAAGUAAGAUUAAACCUGUUUUGCUAACU